UCUGCAAUUGGGCUUGGCCACAAGACGAGAAUGCACAGAGGGGCGCGGCUUAUAUAUAACUCUUACUGCCUUGCACCAAGUUUCAGUUGUGAUAAGUCAACAAGACAAGUUUAAAAAAAUGACCAUUUCGGCGUGUGUUACGUGCUUACUUUUUUUCAUUACAUUAAGUUCCGGUCAACUCCCCCCUCGACUAAACAUACCUGGGGCCGUUUUGGUGUCCCAAGGCAGGCCGGCGCCCUUCCGCCAGCAAAGGCCCCAAAAUGAGGGUCCUCCGCCCCGGUUGCGACGCCCCCCGCCGAGCCCUAACGCAGCCCCCGUCCGUCCCGUAGUCGAAGAACCGGAGGAGGAAAACGUCUCAAAUAACAGUAAUUUUGACGAUGAAGUGAACAAAUUGGGGAUUUCGGUGCUCCAAUCGGCCGUGGGGCAAGCCGUAGCCCAACCGGAGGAGGAGCAGCCCCCACGUCCGGUGCAUUUCCGCCCGGAGAGACCCCUCCCUGUUUUGAGACAAGACAUCCGCGAGAAUGUGCCCCAAACGCCAGUUUUGAGACAGAAUGUCCCACGACCGUUACUGAGGGAGCCACAGCCCCCCGUGAGACACACUCAGGUGCGUCAACAAGCGCCCCCUCAACCGGUCCGACAGCCCCCCACUCGAGGCCAUCACCCUGCCCGGCAACCCUCGCAAUACCUCGACGAGGAGGGGGGCCGGCAAAGAACGCGUAAACCCCCCGUUCAAAUUUUGCGAAAAUACAGGACUGAUAAUGCUGAUGGUAGUAUAACAUGGGGGUAUGAGAAUGAAGAUGGGACUUUUAAGGAAGAAACGUUGGGGAUUGAUUGUGUGACUCGGGGGAAAUACGGUUAUAUUGAUCCUGAUGGUGUCCGGAGAGAAUACUCGUACGAAACGGGUAACAAGUGUGACCAACCUGAAGAAGAUGAAGAUUUACCCCCAGAGAGACAACAAAUUCAACCCAGGAAACCACAAUUCAGGCCUGGGCCUGGGCCUGUGUAGUAGUGUUAAAUUUAAUGCCAUAAAAAAUACAGAUUUGUUUUAUUUAAAAUUACAACUAGUAUGGUCUUUGA